AACAUAUUUUCGUGUUAUAUAUGCCUUCAACAAUGCAAUUUUUAGGGAAAAUAAAAUCCAUUUUUUUUCAAGGAAGAUAUGUGAUGGGGCUGUUAAUUAAUUAAUCAUGUUUAAUUAAUUAACAAUACAAGGCCCUGCAUGCGAGUUAUACUCGACCAAACAUGUGGGUUAUGCUAGACCCAACAUAGGAGUUGUGUCUGGCCCAACACAUCGGUUGUGCUCGAUCGAGUUGGUGAAGGUCCGACUAGCCCUUAAAGGGUUGGUCACUACGUUAGGCUGGUUCCACAAAGAAGCAAUUUAGUUUACAACACAUUCUUCUAACCAAAGUAACCAAAAUCCCAAAGUGUUUGUAGUAGUCUUUACAAGAUCAAACGCAAAGUUGUAGACUUCCAAUGGCAAAUCAUGACAUCUUGUUAGCAACAACACAAGAUAUACAGCCUCAGCAAGACAUGGCUUAAUGAUGAAAGGUGGAAGUAAUCAUGGCGGCAUCUAAUGUUUUAGGCAAAGUAGAAGAGGAGGAGGCCACUUUAUUGAACUACUCCAUGUUAAUCUUCCACCCACAGGAACAGCAAUAAUUAGCUCAGUAUUAAGAAUUAAAAAGUCUCUAAGACACUCUAAGCCAAUUACUUGUAUAUGUAUAUUUGUCAUCAAGUAAGCUUGAAGAACACAGUUGGAAGUUUUGUUUAUGAAGCUAUCAUGUCUUGCCUUGGGAUCAGCUUCAAUGCUGAUCAAAGCUGGAAAUGCUAGCAAUUCAGACUAGAAAAGAAAGAAGCUAACAGGAUAGAAUAAUACAUGGACAGUCUACCUUUUGCCAAAAGAAAGGAGCAAGAAAAGUGUUUUGCUUUAUAAAAGCCUUGAAUAAGUCACCAGCAAAUUGAUGAGCCAUGAGGAAUUUUUGGCCACCGGCAAACGGGUGAUCAUUAGCAUGAAUUGUUAGACAGAAUGAGUAAUGAGAUGGGGAACCAAAAUGUCACUGGCAUUCAAGGUGAAGAGAUUGAAGCUGAUACCACCUCAAAUGUUGAAGAUGGCUUCAAUGGAAAUGGGAAAGAGGAAAUAGGAUCCAAUUUUCAUGAUCUACCCCCAUCUGAUGACAAGCAGCAGAUACUAAAAGGAGAAGAAAAGAAGAAAGGAGAAUACUCAACUCCAUUGAUAGAUCUUAUCUUCUCAGACGGAGAAGAGAUUCUGACUAGUAACACUGAUGCUUUAAAAUCUAAUGAAAAUGCUGAUGAACUAGAUAAUUCUUCAAUCCACAUGAGUGAUUGUGCAAUGCAAGAGGAAAAAGCUUUGUUGAUAGAGUGUCUUGAAAUUGUUCCUCUGGUUGAUGCUGAGAAAGAGUGUCUGCAUAGAGAAGAUGAUCAAAAUGGAACGGAAGAGCUGUCCAAAAUAGAGCCUACUGAAAAUGGUGCAUCCAUAGCAGUGACACUUGAUGAUCUUGAAGUAGGCACAUGCAGCAUUCAGGUAACUCAAAUAAAACAAGAAAUAGAGAACAUGUCCGAGACUGAGGUAGAAAAUCAACUUGAGUUUGAUUUUAGUUCAGUAGUCGUCUCUGACAAUGUUAUGUCAGUAAGCGAACUGAUAGCUACUCCAGUCUCAAAUGGAAUGAAAGAAGAGGAAAUGAGCUAUGAAAGUGAAUCACAAAAUAAGGAUUGCCAACCAGUCCAGGACAUCAAAAUAGAAGGGCAAAGUUUAUUUGAAUUACCAUCGUCUUUGUUCAGUUCUGAUGCGGUAAUGAGCGAAGAGAUAGCGAUAACAAGAGAAGCUACUUCAGAUCAACACUCAGCCAGUGAAGCCGAUCAUAAUUCAGUUGGCAUGGCAAGUAGGGAUAUGAUGAACUUUGAAGAGAAGGAAGUCGGGCGGCGGCUAAAUUUAGUAGAAAAAGAAGUGCAAUCUGUGCCGCCACCAUCUGAACUACAUGAGCUGAGACUUAAUGUUGCUCAGGAAGAUCAAGGGUUGCAGAAAUGUUCAGAAGAGCAGGGAAACCCUGCAGAGGAUUCUGAAACAACGAUCGAAAGGCAUCUGAUUUCCACUUGUCUUGCUAGUGAGUGUCCAGACAUCUACUUGGAGCUCCCAAACUUUUCAAUGCCACAGUCUUCAGUUCACGCGGAACCAUCCGAUACUGAAUUCAUUGUUAUUCAGCCGGAUAACAGAUUGCCUGAGUUGUUGAAGGAUCUUGAAUGGGAAAAUGCUGCAGAAAAACUUCUGGAUCAAAGUGUUUCAAAUUCCAAAAUUUCUGAUAGUGAAUGCCUUGACAUUGAUUUCAAGGUCCUAGAAGUUAUUGAGAAAACUACCGAUUUUGAACAAAGUCAAUCAGUUGUACCAGUGAGCAGUAUGGAAGUUCAACCAGUUGUGCAAGUCGAAAAUGGUGAGAAGGUUUUAGAUUCUGUGGUAGUGUCAAACACUGAAGCACAAGAGCAGUGCCUUCAUGUAACUACACGUAAUGAUGGCAUAAAUCCUGAAACAUUUGGGAGCAACGAAGAGUUCACUUUUGAACAAACUCAAAAUCAGAUGAUCUUAAUGACGAGCAAGAUCGAAACAAGAGAAGAAGUUGUAUCAAUGCAGAAGAUGGAAAAUGAAGAUGGUCCCAAGAAUUAUGAGCUUGAAACAUACACUGAAGAACAAAGAUGCAGUGUUCAUACAUCUGAAUCAGAUACAGGUAACGUCCAUGAAGCAUUCAUUCUUCAACGGUAUCGAGAAAUAACAAGUGAAGGAACUUUACUGCUGAAGCAGGAAGAUCUAGAAGAAGGUUCAGAAAUCCCUGCUAUAGAAAAUACAAAUAGUCAAAAUGGUUCAUCAAGCAGUAACGCAGCACAGGUGGUUUGUGUCAAACAAUCUGAAGGAAAUCCUUCAGAGCAAGAAGUCGUCAAUGUGAUGAUACAUUCAAACAAAGAUGAGUCGGAAACAUGCAAUGACCACAUUGCAGUGGAAAGAAGUGAUUCAAGGAAACUGGAAACGCCACUUCUCAGCUUCAUGAAGGAAGAAGCUCAAGUUAUGGACACAUUUGAGAAGAACGAAGACAUAGACAUCAAUUUGAACAACAAUGAGGGUGAUGCCGGGAAGCCGCCGUGCGACGAGAACCCCACAACACCACCAAGAGGAAAAGGGAAGCACAAGCAUAGGUCUUCCCUCUUCGGCAACUGGAUCUGCUGCACAACAGCUACGGAUUAACUAUUUCGGCUCAUGAUGCCACGGGCAGAAGCUUUGAUUCGUAAGAAAUUUGAAGAUGUUUGUUGUCUGAGCAAAGAUUUCUGUGACUGCUUCAGACAGAGUUUUUAUUUUGUUUCAUAUUUUUUUUGUUUCGUUUUUGAUGGGAUUGUGAGAGGUUUGGAUUUAAGGUUUGAAUGUAUCACAAACAAAUGAAUUUUAUCUAUCUAAAAUGCGGGCUAUGAUUCACGCAUCAA